CUUCCUCGCUUUUCCUCGUCCACACAACCUCUCAAAGGACACCAGCAACUGCACUGCGCAUCGAUCGGUCUACUCGGAGCUGCUGCUUGCUGCUACUGCUGUGAGACCAGUGAAACAGACGUUUGGAUCUUGUCAGCGCUCACCUGCUUCGGUAUAUCUCCAUGAAGCUCCCCGCUAGUUCUACGCUCCUGGGCCUCGCCAUGGUGGCAGCGUUCCCCAUCAAGACCAUCACCGGGGACCACCUAGACGACUUCGUCCUGGUUGGGUGCUACGCGGACAGCCGGAGCCUUCGGAUCAUGUUCGACAAACAGUCGAAGCCUAUCAUGUCUGCAGAUAUCUGCUACGACCUGUGCAAUGACGGUACCAACACGCACUUCGGCACCCAGUUCGGGAGAGAGUGCUGGUGCGGUAUCCACCCGGCCCUGGCGACGCACGGGGAGCUGGACAUCGACAGUUGCGACAUGGCCUGCAAGGGAACCGGAGGAGAGAACUGCGGAGGGUUCGACAAGAUGACCGUGUACGACAUCCAAGCCGUGAACGGUGGCACCGGCACAGACUACGAGGGCUGCUUCCGCGACGCGCGGCCCCGGGCAAUGCCGGGGGACCCCCUCGUGUUUGACGCCAUGACCAACAAGCUAUGCGUGGACCACUGUGCUAGCUUUGGAUAUGCCUGGGCUGCAACCGAAUACGGCCAAGAGUGCUUCUGCGGCAACAACGACGAACCCUACACGUACCACGAAAUUGACGAGGGGGAGUGCGACUUCACUUGCCCCGGGAGCUCGGCGGCCCCCGACGAGACCUGUGGCGGGAGGUGGGCUCUGAGCGUCUACUCUGCGUACCCCACCCAGCUGUAGGGUGAUGGUCCUGAUCCCGACAGAUCGAACCGACAGUUCUCGGCGCAGUCGUGAGACGAAGCCCCAAGAAACGGGCCAUUCGAUCCGAAACGCGAACUGUUGACACAAGACACGGACUAGCAAGUGUGAUAACGUACUUGGACUAUAAUCCAGUUAUUUUCUCGAAAGUAGAGACAAGAUACGUAUGUUGUGGCUGAAAGCCCUCGGCUACUGUCUGGAAGCUAUACCAUGUUUGUUUGUGCACCACAGGAAGAGGGGGGGGUGUACUCAUAGUCGUGGAUGCCGUAGUCGUUAGACCAUAGACCUCGCAUCCCUACAAAGCCGGGACGGAGCACGCCGGGUUCUCACCGGACCAGGCCCUCACAUCACCAAGCGCGAAGCUCCGUGAGGUAUUCGCAGGUGUUGUAUAUUCCUUGUAAGUAGGGCGAGAAAACGUAGACUAUUAUAACAGUUAUUUGAUCGGAAGUAGAGACAAGAUAUAAGUGUGUUGUGGCUGAAAGCACUCGGCUACUGUCUGGAAGCCAUUGUAGCGCAACCACGUUUGUUUGAUUGUGCGCCACAGGAAAGGAGGUGUACUCAGUGGUGCAUGCCGUAGUAAUUUGACCAUUGACUUCGCAUCCCUACAAACCGGGACGGAGCACGCCGGAUUCUCACCGGAUCAGGCUCUCACAUUACCAAGCGCGAAGUGCCGUGAGGUAUUCGGCGAGUCGCAUGAAGGGGUGAGCUGCAUCCUGCUAAGGGUGUUCGGCAUCUUGUGCUUACUUCCUUGCGUACGGAUGACAGCUACGUAUGACUUAAUUUAUUUUCUGGUGCUUUCACUUCCAGAGACAGUUGUAAGCACUGUGUAACUGCCUCGAGGAAGCUUGACCAUUUUAACACAACGUGGUGCGAUCAUCCCCCGUUGCGCGGAGUGAGUGUUCUCCACCCCGCACAACAUGAUCUACUCGACCACCAUUCAUUAUGGUUACCGCCAAAAAAAAAACAAAGGUAAAACAAAACGGUAACCUGGCUGUCGAGUUCACGAAGUGAAUUGGCUUGUUUUACAACGUCGUUGCCACGCGACGAAAACCCAACCUUGAUGGCAAAC